ACGGACGCUCCGACGCCUGCACCGACGCCUGCACCUACGGACGCUCCGACGCCUGCUCCGACGCCUGCACCUACUCCGGCGCCCACGCCGUCUCCAACGUGGGGGGCCGCGAUCACGGGCUCUUACAAGGAUGUGGCUGCAAACGACAACGUCGUCUGCUUACUCAAGAACGGCAACGGCAACGAACUCUUGUGUACUACAUCACAAGCGAUGCCUCUUCAACCGACUUCACGCGGGUCGGGCAAGACCCUUCCCGCUGUCGGUGGCAACUACAUCGUGCAAUACGACGGCAGCAGCUCUACAUUUUUCCUCCAGUGGAUCAACUCGCAGUCUCAACCAUCCAGCGAGAAGACGGGUUUGACCACCGUUGAUCAACUUUCGACCGACGGCACGAACAUUUGCGCAACGUUUAGCAGCACCACGAAGUGCGGCACACUCCGGCUAAAUAACGGAAACCGCGUCUGGAAGACCACAACCAACAACUUCUUGUCGACGGCCAUGACCGCCAACAGCAUGACGAUGUUCGGGCUCAACAACAACAAAAACUUAAACCGUGCCGCCGUCGCCGGCAUCACGAGCGGCACCGUCUCAUGGUCGCUAGUGACGGCGCCAGCCUUUACCAAAAUUGCGUAUGACGGCAAGCGCGUGUGCGGCAUCAAGACGGACCAGUCGAUCGUAUGCACGACCAGCAAUCUUACGUCCCUCAUGCCGCCAACGUGGUCGGCGCCGCUGCCUCAGAGCAAUUGGAAGAGCCUUGCCCUCAGCAACGACAAUAUCUACGCGGUCAGCUCGACCAACUCUGUCCAAAGAAUCGCGGCUCCGAUCCUGUAGAUUUUCUAUCGAUACAUAAUACAUGCAACUAUGCUUUGUCGCCGA